CUGAGGAACCAAACCCCCGCGGCAGCGGAUGAGGUGCAGCCGAUGCGGCAACGUUCAAAGAGGGUUCCCGCCCAUGAACGAAAUGGGCACGACCAGGACCGUUCAUGUGCUUUGCUUUUCCUUCCGCCCAUUCUCGUCUUUCGCGGCAGAGGUUAGGCGACUAUAUGCAGCUCAAAAAAGAUCAAUUCGCUAUUCCGCGACGUCCAUGCCCUGGCAAUAGGGGUGGGGCGCAUGGGAAUUGUCCUUGUUUGUGUGUCGACUGUCGCUUGAAAUCAGGCUGGCACCCACGUCCUUCGAUUGUGCUGUCGCUGCGGGCGGGACUUUCGCGGCACAGCAUGACAUCCCGAUCGUAUCUGAAAUUGCGGGCUUGGCCGCUACCCAAUAUGAAUGGUCAAUGUGACCAGGCUACCACGAGGGAUUGUUUGAUCAUCGAUGCCGUACUGACUGCAGACGAAUCGAUACACCGGUCAUGUCGCCCUGCUAUAGUCGGUGAGCGCCGCAAGCAAGUUGUUUCCAACGUUCCAGUCAGAGUUGACACGAUUGUUGUGACUCUUCGAAUAACUGGUCCCGACUACCGAGAGCUCAGCCUGGCCAGCUACCAUGGUAAUGCUCCAAAUAGCAUCUGACGGAUAGCGGUGUGAUGCAUCGCGUCUCGGAGGACUCUGAGAGCAGACAGCGAUGCGUCAUCUGAUCGGUGGGGAAGGCUUCUAAGGAGACACGUUGCCAGCGGUCCUCCGGUUAGUGGGUCGUGGGGUC